AGAGAGAGAGUAUCAUCAAGAGCUUCUCCGGACUCCAGCGGACUACCAGCCAGCCAGUGUCUGGCAAAGGGGCGCGUGCAUGAUGGGAUGCGAGUGCUCGUGUGCGGCCAAGCGCGUGUGUUAGGAUAGGAAAGCGACACACACACACGCACACACAUAUUCGCUCGCAACAUGGCGUUGAAGCGCCGAGAGACACGACAGCUCAGCCCCGACUAAUGCGGUGGUUCUAUGCGGGAAGCUCGGGGACCGCUGCCCUAUAGAGAGCCAAACCUCCACAGAGACUCCUUUUACGCACGGCCGCCGUGGACAAUAGCGGAUUCCAGCGUGUGCAUGUCGCUGUAAGGGCUUGAAACUACGGUGUUUGGGAUUGUAUACAGGCGCACGCUUCUGCCCCACUGGUGGAAAUCAAAGGCUGUACAUGGCGGUGGAGAGUACGAUCUGGCUGUUCUGUCUUCUUUCGCUGUACUGGGGUCCAAGCAAGCAAGGAAAGCCUGUUUCAGUGGAAUUGAGCUGUGGUGCUGGACCCAGCCAUGUAGUUCUGGAGCUAGGUACCCCCCUUUUGCUGGACUGCAACCUGGGGUCCAGCGACACUCCUUUCAAUGUCACCUGGUUCAAGGAUGGCCAGCUUCUACCACAGCUGCCAGGAGAUCCCCUGCAGCAUUUGACCAAUGGAUCCCUCCUGCUGUUCUCCACUUCUACAGACAGCCAUCCUCUGCAGAAUGUAGAGGGUGCUUACAGCUGUGUGAGCGCCAGCGCCAUCGGAGCCCUGACCAGUCGGACUGUGAACGUACAACUUGCAAGUCUGUCAAAGUUUUAUCAGGAGCCAUCACCACAAACAGUGACCACUGGGGUAUCCUGCUCGCUUCGAGUGCCAGAUUGA